UUACCCCUAUUGGCCGUUGCAAAUGCCAUGUGAGCCUGCUGGCUGACUAGGUCGUGAUCGUGAUCGAAAAGGAGAGAUCUGACUAGCGCGCAACGGCUGGAUUUCAUAUCGGCAGUGAAGUGCCUUCAAUCGAACCCAGGGAUGACGUCCGACGCAUUCCCAGGAGUUAAGUCGCGCUACGACGAUUUUGUUGCAUUGCACAUUAGCCAAGCGGAUUACGUCCAUUGGGUCGUGAGUUUUGAUCUUGAUUUUCACAUAUCUAAACUCUACAUUAAUAAGUCACAAGGGGCAUUUCUUACCGUAAGAUAUUAUCGUCUUAUCUUUGGGGCGUAGUUAAUAUGAGCAGAUGGCAUCGAUAUUUUAUGUGGCUAUUCGAACAAGCCCUUAGAAACGAAUGCUUCUAUAGGGGCGCAAUACCAUACUGGGAUUGGGCACGAGAUUCUGCAACCGAGGCUGCACUCUUGAACUCACCGAUUUUCGAUGAUGAAUACGGAUUUGGAGGUAACGGCGAUUACAUCGAGGAUAUUAGCGGCUUCCCAGACGCGUGGAAGACUACGUUCGACAUCCCUGGAAGAUCAGGAGGCGGAUGCAUCUCGGACGGUCCGUUUGCUGGUCUUAAUGCCUCUAUGGGGCCUGGAAACAAUACUGAAUACAACCCUCGUUGCGUUCGACGAGACUUUAGUAUAUGGCUCAUGGCAAGAGCAUUGCAUACGGAUACUAUUGCUUUCGUCAUGGCGGCAAGCACGUAUUUUGAACUUGAACAUAGGAUUGAAGGCUUGAACCUUGGAGUGGCCGCGGCGUCAGUUCAUGGCGGUGGACACCUAGGUAUCGGUGGUGUACUUGGUGAUAUGGCGAAUACGUGGUCAUCGACCGUGGACCCGAUCUUCUGGCUCCACCACAGUGCUAUAGAUCGUCUAUGGGACGUCUGGCAGCGAAAUGACUGGUUGAAGAGGAAGGAGGAUAUAGGGGGGCCUGAUACACAAUGGGCGUAUCCGUAUGAUUAUUUCGGCGAGAAGACUUAUAAGAACGUCACGUUGGACUUCGUCAUGAACUUCGGCUCCAUAGGUGGAAUGCUGGAUAUCCGCCAAGUUAUGGAUGUACAGACCAGUUUAUGUUAUGCGUACUCCUGA